UGUUCCAACGCCCAGGGUCCAGAUGUUAUGGAGCUGGGUCUGUCUCCACCUCAGCUCAGCAGCUCCCCAGAAGACCUGUACCUGGCCCCUGGGACCCCUCCUGGGACUCCCCCACCUCCUGAUGCCCCUCUUCCUGGGGAGGUGAAGAGGUCCCAGCCUUUGCCCAUUCCGACCAGGAAUCUUCUUCGAGAGGAGGAGCUGCGGGCAACCUCUCUGCCCUCCAUCCCCAACCCCUUCCCUGAGCUCUGCAGCCCUCCUUCACAGACCCCCAUUCUUGGGGGGUCCUCCAGUGCCAGGGGCCUGCCCCCUCGAGACGCCAGCUGCCCCCACGUAGUAAAGGUGUACAGCGAGGAUGGGGCCUGCCGGUCUGUGGAGGUGGCGGCGGGCGCUACAGCCCGCUAUGUCUGUGAGAUGCUGGUGCAGCGAGCUCGUGCCCUGAGUGAUGAAAACUGGGGGCUGGUGGAGUGCCACCCCCACCUAGCACUGGAGCGGGGCUUGGAGGACCACGAGUCCGUGGUGGAAGUGCAGGCUGCCUGGCCCAUUGGUGGAGACAGCCGCUUUGUUUUCCGGAAGAACUUCGCCAAGUAUGAACUGUUCAAGAGCUCUCCACACACCCUGUUCCCAGAAAAGAUGGUCUCCAGCUGUGUGGACGCACACACAGGCAUAUCCCACGAAGACCUCAUCCAGAACUUCCUGAAUGCAGGCAGCUUCCCAGAGAUCCAGGGCUUCCUGCAGCUCCGGGGAUCAGGACGGAAGCUUUGGAAACGCUUCUUCUGCUUCCUGCGCCGGUCUGGCCUCUACUACUCCACCAAGGGCACCUCCAAGGAUCCGAGGCACCUGCAGUAUAUAGCAGAUGUGAAUGAGUCCAACGUGUAUGUGGUGACCCAGGGCCGCAAGCUCUAUGGGAUGCCCACCGACUUUGGCUUCUGUAUCAAGCCCAACAAGCUUCGAAAUGGCCACAAGGGGCUUCGGGUCUUCUGCAGUGAGGAUGAGCAGAGCCGUGGCUGCUGGUUAGCAGCUUUCCGCCUCUUCAAGUAUGGGGCACAGCUGUAUAAGAAUUACCAGCAGGCCCAGUCCCGCCACCUGCGCCCGUCCUGUAUGGGUUCUCCACCUUUGAGGAGUGUCUCUGAUAACACCCUGGUGGCCAUGGACUUCUCUGGCCAUGCUGGGCGUGUCAUCGAGAACCCCCGGGAAGCUCUGAGUGCAGCCCUGGAGGAGGCCCAGGCCUGGAGGAAGAACCACCGUCUCAGCCUACCCACCCCAGGCUCGGGCACGAGCCUCAGUGCAGCCAUCCACCGCACCCAGCCCUGGUUUCACGGACGCAUUUCCCGAGAGGAGAGCCAGCGGCUCAUCGGGCAGCAGGGCCUGGUAGACGGCCUGUUCCUGGUCCGAGAGAGUCAGCGGAACCCACAGGGCUUUGUCCUCUCCUUGUGCCACCUGCAAAAGGUCAAACAUUAUCUUAUCCUCCCGAGCGAGGAGGAGGGCCGCCUCUACUUCAGCAUGGACGACGGCCAGACUCGCUUCACCGACCUGCUGCAGCUCGUGGAGUUCCACCAGCUGAACCGCGGCAUCCUGCCCUGCGUGCUCCGUCACUGCUGCACCCGAGUGGCGCUGUGACCCACCUCUGGCCGCCCGGGUGCGUGUGGAGCGGACUCCAGGGCCCAGAAGCUCCGGAGGGUUCCCCUCCCCUGGAGAGUGCGGUCUGCUUUGCUCCGUUGCCUCUCCCUCAGGCAGCAAGCGCCCCCGCCUCACCCCCCACCUCUCUUCUCAAGAAAAGGCACUGGGGGUGGGGGCUCCCCUCCACGGAGCUCCUGGGCGCAGCCCUGGGGCAGGGCAUUAUGGGAGAAAUGGGGCAGCCCAGGUGGUCUUAGCCCCCCCACCCUUUGUACAGACUGAGAGGCCAGUUGAUCUGCUUUGUUUUAUAUGAGUGACAA